AUGGUAGAUCGGUUGUAUCUUGAAACCCCAAGGUUCAAGGAAAUCAGCGAGGAAAUGACCAAAGAAAUGGAUCACUCUUCAAGCCAGGAGGAAAUGGCUAUUCAAAACAUGGGAUCGAGAGAAUGCUUUAGUCGAGCCAUCAGAAAGCUGAAUUUCUCCCCUUCGGCGCAUAAUCAGCUGGGUCAUUAA